AUGCAGAACUCGAAUCCAACGCUGCUGAGCGCGGCUGACCUGCCCAGCAGAGAGAAGAAGGGCGCAGAGUCCAAGGUCCAGGUCGACAGCAUCUUCACCACCGAGUCGACCUUUGAUCCCUUUGCCAGUUAUCGUGAAGAUGACGAGGAGGAGGAUGGGAGCAGUCAGGAUGGCAGCAGUGCCAGCCAGGACGAGCUCGAGGAGCCCAUUGACGAGCAGGAGAUAUUCGACUUGAUAGCAACGAUAUCUGACCCCGAACAUCCGAUUCCGCUGGCUGAGCUGGCCGUCGUCUCGCUGCAGGACAUCAGCAUCACUCCGGCACUGCCGCGCUCGCCGUCGUCCCCUCUCCGCAAGGUCACCGUCCUGCUCACCCCCACCAUCACCCACUGCAGCCUGGCCACUGUUAUCGGGCUUGGAGUGCGCGUCAGACUGGAGCAGGCCUUGCCCCCACGGUUCAGAGUCGACGUCCGGCUCAAGGAGGGCUCGCACAGCACGGCAGACGAGGUCAACAAGCAGCUGGCAGAUAAGGAGCGGGUGGCGGCUGCUCUGGAGAACCAGACGCUCAUGGGCGUCGUGGGGAAGAUGUUGGAGACCUGUCGAUGA